AUGGAUGAACCAUAUCUCCAGCACAAGUACAAUAUUAACAGCACACGUACCCGCCGCAUUGGCUCGCGGAAGCCUUCGCAAAGCCUUCGAACGAAGAAGCAAGGGGGGAGGGGGCAAAAGAAGGCCCGACUCUCUCAGGCGCACCACCACAUGUUGUGGACGGGCCGGAGCGCAGCGCAGCAACUCAGCGCAAACGCUACCAUGUAG